GGCGGCUGGCAUCGGGCUUGUAAAUAAACUGCGAUGCUGUCUCGGGCUCGCUGGCCUAGGUUUCGCCGCCGCCGCCGCCCGGGAGCGCCGGGGCUAGGCUCCAGCCACCGCGCGCCCUAGCGCCUCCGCGCCAGCCUCGCUCACCCUCGCCCGCUUCCCGCAGUCCCCUGCCCGCGCCCCCCGGGUCCGCAGCUGACCCGCGCAGGAUGUGAACCUCUUUCCCCCCGCCCGGCCUCCCCUGCCCCCCGGGGGCCCGCCUUUGCCUGCUUUUGGGGCGGUGGGUGGGGAGGGGCGCGCGGAUCAUGGCAUUGGAGUUCCCGGGCUUGCAGCCGCCGCCGCCGCCUGGUCCACGCACCCCGAGCGCCCCUUCUUCCCGGAGCAGCAGCGGAGAAGGCGAAGCGGCCGGCGGGGGCGAGGCAGAUGGGGCUCAAGGCGCGCAAGGCGGCGGGGGCGGCAGGCGGCGGCGGCGACGGGGGCGGCGGAGGCGGCGGGGCCGCUAACCCGGCCGGAGGGGACGUGGCGGCGGCCGGCGACGAGGAGCGGAAAGUGGGGCUGGCGCCCGGGGAGGUGGAGCAAGUCACCUUGGCGCUUGGGGCCGGAGCUGACAAAGACGGGACCCUGCUGCUGGAGGGCGGCGGCCGCGACGAGGGGCUGCGGAGGACCCCGCAGGGCAUCGGGCUCCUGGCCAAGACCCCUCUGAGCCGCCCUGUGAAGAGGAACAACGCCAAGUACCGGCGCAUCCAAACUUUGAUCUACGAUGCCCUGGAGAGACCGCGGGGCUGGGCGCUGCUCUACCACGCGCUGGUGUUCCUGAUCGUCCUGGGCUGCUUGAUUCUGGCUGUCCUGACCACGUUCAAGGAGUACGAGACCGUUUCGGGAGACUGGCUUCUGCUCCUGGAAACGUUCGCGAUCUUCGUCUUCGGAGCCGAGUUUGCCUUGAGGGUCUGGGCCGCCGGGUGCUGCUGCCGAUACAAGGGCUGGCGGGGGCGGCUGAAGUUCGCCAGGAAGCCGCUGUGCAUGUUGGACAUCUUCGUGCUGAUUGCCUCUGUGCCCGUGGUCGCCGUGGGCAACCAGGGCAAUGUCCUGGCCACAUCCCUGCGGAGCCUGCGCUUCCUGCAGAUCCUGCGCAUGCUGCGGAUGGACCGGCGGGGCGGCACCUGGAAGCUCCUGGGCUCGGCCAUCUGCGCCCACAGCAAAGAGCUCAUCACUGCCUGGUACAUCGGGUUCCUGACGCUCAUCCUUUCUUCAUUUCUUGUCUACCUGGUGGAGAAAGACGUGCCGGAGGUCGAUGCCCAAGGGGAAGAGAUGAAGGAGGAGUUUGAGACCUAUGCAGACGCCCUCUGGUGGGGCCUGAUCACACUGGCCACCAUCGGCUACGGGGACAAGACACCCAAGACGUGGGAGGGCCGUCUGAUUGCGGCCACCUUCUCCUUGAUCGGCGUCUCCUUCUUUGCCCUUCCAGCGGGCAUCCUGGGCUCCGGGCUGGCCCUCAAGGUGCAGGAGCAGCACCGGCAGAAGCACUUUGAGAAAAGGAGGAAGCCAGCCGCCGAGCUCAUUCAGGCUGCCUGGAGGUACUACGCUACCAACCCCAACAGGAUUGACCUCGUGGCGACGUGGAGGUUCUACGAGUCUGUAGUCUCUUUUCCAUUCUUCAGGAAAGAACAGCUGGAGUCCGCAGCCAGCCAAAAGCUGGGUCUCUUGGAUCGGGUUCGCCUUUCUAAUCCUCGUGGUAGCAAUACUAAAGGAAAGCUAUUUACCCCUCUGAAUGUAGAUGCCAUAGAAGAAAGUCCUUCUAAAGAACCAAAGCCUGUUGGCUUAAACAAUAAAGAGCGUUUCCGCACCGCCUUCCGCAUGAAAGCCUACGCUUUCUGGCAGAGUUCCGAAGAUGCCGGGACGGGCGAUCCCGCGGCGGAAGACAGGGACUACGGGAGUGACUUCCUUGUCGAAGACAUGAUCCCCACCCUGAAGGUUGUCAUCCGAGCCGUCAGAAUUUUACAAUUCCGUCUCUACAAAAAAAAAUUCAAGGAGACCCUGAGGCCUUACGACGUGAAAGAUGUGAUUGAACAGUAUUCUGCAGGACACCUCGACAUGCUGUCCAGGAUAAAGUACCUGCAGACGAGAAUAGAUAUGAUUUUCACCCCCGGGCCGCCAUCGACUCCGAAACACAAGAAGUCUCAGAAGGGGACAGCGUUCACCUACCCAUCCCAGCAGUCUCCCAGGAACGAACCGUAUGCGGCCAGAGCAUCCGCAUCAGAAACUGAAGACCAAAGCAUGAUGGGGAAGUUUGUGAAAGUCGAAAGACAGGUUCACGACAUGGGGAGGAAACUGGACUUCCUCGUGGACAUGCACAUGCAGCACAUGGAGCAGCUGCAGGUGCACGUCACGGACGGCGACCCCUCCAAGGGGACGCCCUCGCCGGCCGAGGCGGAGAAGAAAGGGGACAGCAGGGACCCUGACUUGAAAACCAUCAUUUGCAACUAUUCCGAGGCGGGCCCCCCCGAGGCCCCCUACAGCUUCCACCAGGUGCCCAUGGACAGAGUCAGCCCCUAUGGGUUCCUGGCCCACGGCCCCGUGAGCCUGCCCCGGGGGGCACCCAGCUCUGGGAAGGUUCAAGCAGCCCUCCGCUCCUCGACAGCACCGUCGGUGGAAAGGCCCACCGUCCUGCCCAUCUUGACUCUUCUCGACUCCCGGGGGGGCCGCCUGUCCCCCGCCGACCCCUGCUCAGACUGGGUCUCCCCGCGGCAGAGACGCAGCGUCACGCGGGACAGCGACACACCCCUGUCCCUGAUGUCGGUCAACCACGAGGAGCUGGAACGGUCUCCAAGUGGCUUCAGCAUCUCCCAAGACAGGGACGACGUGUUUGGGCCGAGUGGGGGCUCGAGCUGGAUGCGGGAGAAGCGGUACCUCGCCGAGGGUGAGACAGACACCGACACGGACCCCUUCACCCCCAGCGGCUCCAUGCCACCGUCGUCCACGGGGGACGGGAUUUCCGAUUCCGUAUGGACCCCUUCCAGCAAGCCCAUGUAAAGGGGGUCACGGGCUGACUCCUCCUUGUAAUGUAGACAGACUUUGUAUAGCUCACUUGCUCUCACACCCGUCACCUACCAGUGAGGUCACCGGUGGCUGCAUCAAACACGUGCAUGUGCGUGAUGGCCCCACCCCCCAGGCAGGGGCUUGUCAUGGCCUGUCCCCCGUGUCACCACAGUGAAGCCGCUUCCUUUGACGCAUGGUUUGCAUGACUUUACACUGUAUAAAUGGUACCGCUAACCUCUUCUAGGAUGCACACUUACCUGCCGUUCUUACUCUUGCUCCUGAUUGGACCAGUACAGGGAGAAACUAAUGA